UCUGACAGCUGCGUACCCUUUCCUGCAGUGUAUUUUUCGUUCCCGUACUCGUUCGACUGCGGGGCCUUGCGGUCUGUUUCGGUUUUUGUUUUGAUUUUGUCAUUUUGUUUGUCCUUAUUAUUUCGUGUGUUUUUAAUUUGUUUUCCUUGCGUACCCGCGCAAUCAACCCUGCUCGCCAGCCGAAUGCAUCGAGCGGUAGCUUUGUGCUGGCCAACCUGCUGAUGCAAAUGUACGUAGCUGACAGCGUUGCUGUGUAGAUCGUUUCCACGAUUGAGGCGUGCGAGAACGGCAGUGCUAACAACAAAUCCAUACGAUAGGUGCUGAGUAUUUUCCAAACGGACAUUUAACGCCGUUAAGAUGAAGUUCGCCGAGCAUCUUUCUGCACACAUUACUCCAGAAUGGCGCAAACAGUACAUCAACUACGAGGAAAUGAAAGCGAUGCUUUAUACGGCAAACGAAGAAGCACCAGCCCUGGACAGUGUGGAGGAGGAUGUUCGGAAACGGCACUUUGCAAACUUUGACGAAAAUUUUUACCACUACUGCGACCAGGAGCUGAAAAAGAUAAACACUUUUUACUCGGAAAAGCUGGCGGAAGCGACUCGCAAAUAUGCCGCGCUUAACACGCAGCUAAGAACCACGCUGGAGGGCCAGCAGAAGAGCAAAAGCAAAGGUCACAGCCAUAAGCCGAUCAACUUGCCGUACCGGAAGGCACAGGAGUUGAAACUCGCCUUCAGCGAGUUCUAUCUCAGCCUGAUUCUGUUGCAGAACUAUCAGAACCUAAACCAUACCGGUUUCCGCAAGAUACUGAAAAAGCACGACAAAAUAUUGGCCUCCGACAAUGGGGCCAGAUAUCAGAAGGAGCACGUGGAAAUGAGCCAUUUCUUCAUCAACAAGGAUAUCGACAAGUUGAUCAACGAUACCGAGACGACGGUAACAACCCAGCUUGAGGGUGGUGAUCGGCAGCGGGCUAUGAAGCGGCUGCGUGUGCCACCGUUGGGAGAGCAGCAAAGUCCCUGGACCACGUUUAAGGUGGGCUUGUUCAGCGGCAGCUUUGUGGUGCUGUUUGUUGCGGUGAUCUUGUCGGCAGUUUUCCAUGACAGCGCCACUGGGGAGAAUCUCAAGAUCGCCUUUCGGCUGUACCGUGGUCCGCUGCUGCUGAUUGAGUUCAUCUUCCUGAUUGGCGUUAACAUUUACGGCUGGCGUUCGUCCGGUGUAAACCACGUGCUCAUCUUCGAGCUGGACCCGCGCAACCAUCUGUCCGAGCAGCACCUGAUGGAGAUGGCCGCCAUCUUUGGCGUCGUGUGGACGCUAAGCCUUUUGAGCUUCCUCUACAGCACCAGCCUGAGCAUACCGCCUUACAUUAACCCGCUGCUAAUGACUGUGAUCAUGAUCGCGUUCCUCAUCAAUCCGUUGCGCGUGUUCCGGUACGAGGCACGCUUCUGGCUGCUGAAAACGAUUGGACGAAUGAUAGCGGCACCGUUCUUUCACGUCGGUUUCGCCGAUUUCUGGCUGGCUGAUCAGCUCAAUAGUCUCGUAACGGCGCUGCUGGAUUUUCAAUUUCUUACCUGCUUCUACGUUACGAAUGGAAAUUGGCUCGAGGCCGGCAAUACUCGUCAAUGUAUGGAGGAAAGUUACAUACUUCGUCCAAUAGUAAAUUGCCUUCCUGCAUGGUUUCGGUUUGCACAGUGCUUGCGCCGAUAUCGUGAUUCACGAGAAGCCUUCCCGCAUUUAGUAAAUGCAGGGAAAUACGCGACAACCUUCUGUGUUGUCAUAUUUGCAACGUUACGAUCCGCGAAUGCUUCCAAAUAUGAAGACUCCUCAGAAAACGUGUUCCUCUGGCUGUGGUUGAUUAGCUCCGUUGUCUCAUCGUGCUACGCCUAUACAUGGGAUAUCAAGAUGGAUUGGGGAUUGUUCGACAAGAACGCCGGGGAGAACAGAUUCCUCCGAGAGGAGAUUGUUUAUUCCAUGCCAUUUUUCUACUAUUUUGCAAUUAUAGAAGAUCUGCUGUUACGAUUUGUGUGGAUACUGUCAUACGCACUUACGGAAAACAAGCUAAUCAGUGGUGAUCUAAUGACGUCUAUCUUGGCACCGCUGGAAGUAUUUCGCCGUUUCGUGUGGAACUUCUUUCGACUUGAAAACGAGCAUCUUAAUAAUUGUGGUAAAUUCCGUGCCGUGCGAGACAUUUCCAUCGCUCCAAUAGAUUCCAAUGAUCAAGUCAUCAUACUCAAAAUGAUGGAUGAAGAAGAUGGUGUCAUUAAUCGAUAUACCAAGCAUAACCGACCAAAGCCUAAAAAGAUGAAAGAUGACCGUAGAGCUUUGUUGCCGGCUUUUAAGACUACACAUGAAGUCAUCCCACCCGAUGCGACGAACGUUAAACAAGCUUAGUAGCAAUAUUGGUUACAAACCCUCCAUCUGUUUUACACUUAUUUUUACAGUUUUACACACAAUAUAAGAGGUGAAUAUUAGGAGGUCGUUUACAGUUUUGCUCCUAAGGACGCCAAUGUGCUUAUAAGUGUCUUAAAUGUUAUAUUUUCUUUACGAAUUUCUAAUCACAACGCUCGCAAAUUAGUUCUCAUGAUAUAAUUUCAAUUACAUCGAUUUUACCCGGCGUGAAUAAUGUCAGGGAUUAACAAAACUAAUGCGGCAGUUUAUUUUAGAGAAUGUUAGCUUGUACUUAGAACGUACUUACUUUUCAUUGAUUUGAAGUUCAAUUUUUUAAAUCAUGUUAAAUAAUCAAUAGCUUUGGCACACGGCCCAAGGUCAACGUACUAUAAACCCUACAAUUCCAAUCAUGGAUAAUGGAUUUGCAUAAGCUGCUCCGUUAUAUUAUCUUUUUUGUUUGAAUUUGGCUGUUGUAAUUUUUAGAUUCAACCGUUUCUUUUGCCGUAAAUGGUUUCGAAGUAUUGUUAACUCAUGUAUGCAAUUGUGCUGUAGUACCAGAAGACCAUCGAUAAUUUUCAACAAACGACCGUAUUUAUCGAAACAUUCCGUUCUGCACGGUACAGUAAGGCUAAUGCCAUGAAGACAUUUACAAUUUUAGUUGAAUGUUUUGUAGCGAGCGCAUUUUAAAUUAUUCAAGUCUUACAAUAAAAAAAGGCAAAUGUAUAUUAAACACGCAAACGCAAUAGCUCCUGUUAAGCAGAGGGUAAUAUGCCUUACAAGAAGUCUAGUACGUAUGAAACAUCCAAUAACUACCAUUGUUUCAGAAAGGUUGCCUUAAUUAGACCUAUAAGAAUUUACGUUUUCGUAGAUAGAAUAGUGAAAUGGCUGUAAUAGCAUGCCUUAGAUGAGCUGCAUCGGCAAUUUUCUUGCAGGAAAAUAUUAGGAUUUACAAAAGCUGAUGAAAUCUUAUCACGCUUCCAGCAUAUCCAGUAACACCCUUAAUUUCAUAUCAAAACCAAUAUCAAUACUACAAUGCGGUUAUAUUUUAUCGCGAACUGUAAUAAUUUUUCUUACCGCAGUAUUAAACACGUGUAUGGGUCGAUAAGUCGAUUCAAUUCCUUUUUUACAGUUCCGUGUUCUGGUUGAUAUAUUACAUUAUAGUAAUCGUUACCCUUAUGAUUCUGUUUUAUACUUUUAAACAUUGAUUUCUUCUUGAUUUCCCAUUUCUUUUUGAGGAUGAAUUUUACUCUAAACCCUUUGCCCGUUAUGGUUCCUAGCGAGUCAUGGCGAGUCAUGCAGGGCAUACUAAAGCUCAAAUUAUUUUUUAAAAAGUGCGUUUGUUAACAAUAUUUUGCUGCAAGAACGAAAUGUUAGCUGUGAAGAACACGUUGGCGGUGGUUUAACACCGUGUAAAACGAAAUUCUAUCGGAAAAUAGCGUUUGUUAGUGCCAAUUGGAACACAUUUUCUCCAGAGUGAACAAAAGAUUCCGUAAUGUUUUUCACAGAAAAACAGCGAUAAAUGUUGUCACCGAUGAGUGAAAUGGUAGAAUAAAACCUUUGCAUUAUAUGAAA